GGGCGUGGACUUCCGGCGGCGGCUGGCGGCGGCCGCGGCGGCCGCGGCGUCUGGUUCGGAGCGCGUGGUCCCUCGUGGACUGGCCUGUAGUGGCUCUUCCGGGAAGGGUCCUCGGCCGCAAGCGGGACCGGCCUGCGGCCUUUAAACGCGCGCUCCCGGCAUGUGCACGUGAACCCUGAAGGCUGAUCUUGUGAGGUCUCAGGCGCCCCAGAUGUUCUCCGCCGGGAGGGCGGUUGGGGCGGCUGUAGUUGCCGCGCUCUGUCUCCAGCUUCAGGCCGGCUUGUUAGCCAACGCAGCUGGUGUUAGAGCUCCAGGGGCCGUAGGGAUGGCAGCCAGCUGGAGUUGCCCGGAGUCGCUGUAAAUGGUAGAGGCGCGUUUUAAAGCGGUUCUCGUGCCCACGCUCUAUGAUGAAGGCUUAUUCAGCAUUCCGGGAUUCCCGUCCAGGUGACCCCUCCUGAUAAUCUUUAAUACCAGACACUGGCAAGAAUUUGCUCCGCUGCAUGACUUAAGUUUAGCAAGUGUUCAGCUUUAAAUAUUUAUGAACACUGUCUUGUAUUUUAGCAUUCCUGGAUUUAAAUUCAGAACCAUCUUUCCUGAUCAUAUGUAUGCAACACCGAUAUAAAGAUCUCUACACAUUUUUGCUGAACAGUUUUUGUGGUUUUCAAGAUGAUUUUUUUUCAGGCCGCAUGUUUUUUACAAAUCGCUGGCUGCUAGUUAAACGAAAGUAAAAACAAGCAACAUAUUAGUUCAUGAAUCUUCAAUUUUUUGUGAGUAAUGAACAUUUACAUGUAAAGUGCCCAAGCAGUAAUCACUCAAUAAAUGUAGCUGGUCUUAAUGUAUUCAUUGUCAUCCAAACUGAUAGAAAAUUGACUAACGAAUUUCCCCUCCCUGAGCCUAAGAGCAAGGGCGUCACCCUUGAGAUAAGCUUGGUAAUGGGUGGUGCAAGUCCCCACUCUUAGUAAGAGCAUCAUAGUCAUUGCUCAAGAGAAGCGACACUUCUAGGGGAUCUGAUGCUGUCUUCCAGCUCCUGGGGCACCUGACAUGCAGCAUGGACCUUCAAAUCUCUGAACAAGAUGAUGAAAAGAAGUACACUUCUGUCUGUGUUGGCAGAGAAGAUGACAUUAGAAAGUCAGAAAGAAUGACAGCUGUUGUCCAUGACAGAGAAGUGGUCAUUUUCUACCAUAAAGGGGAAUAUCAUGCUAUGGACAUUCGCUGCUACCAUUCUGGAGGACCCUUACACUUGGGAGAAAUUGAGGAUUUCAAUGGACAGUCAUGCAUAGUUUGCCCCUGGCAUAAAUACAAAAUCACUUUGGCAACAGGAGAAGGAUUAUAUCAGUCUAUAAACCCUAAAGACCCAUCAGCAAAACCCAAGUGGUGUUCCAAAGGCGUAAAGCAAAGGAUUCAUACCGUGACGGUGGAUAAUGGCAAUAUUUAUGUCACACUUUCUAAGGAACCUUUUAAAUGUGACUCUGAUUUUUAUGCCACUGGAGAAUUCAAAGUGAUUCAAAGUUCUUCCUGAUAAAAAAAAUAUAUGGCAGCAACAACAACAACAAAAAUGUGUAUGUUUGAAAAGAUUUUUCGGUCUUUUUUUUUUUUUUUUUCAGUUUCAAAGAUGAAUUUUUUCCAACAUAUAUACAAAUAUCUUCAAAAAUCACAGAUUUUGUCAGGGGCUGGAGAGAAGGGCUAGUGCCUAAGAGCUCUUGCUAUUCUUUGAGAAGACCUGAGUUUGGUUCUUAGCACUCACAAGUGGCUCAUAGUCACCUGUGACCUGUGAUUCCGACUCCCAAGAGAUCUGAUACCCUCAUCUGGCCUCUCUGCGCACCUGCACACUCAAGUCAUUUACACAUAAAUGAAAAUAAAAGCAGAUGUUUCUUACA